AUGGUUGGCCUCAAAAAAAUUUCGUCACUGGCUGCCGUUUCCGCCAUGGCCAUCACCGGUACAGCUGCCUCUCUUCAGCCUGCAGAUGUUUCGCACGCACAUCACCUCCUCUCCCACCGCAGCCUUGCGGAGCGACACUUUCACCGCCAGCAAAACCCGUCCAUGGUCAAGGUGCAAAAGCGCCUCAUACACGCCAUCUCUGAUGGCCUAGGCGGCAUCAUCGGUGGCCUCGGCAAAGAUCUUGAUCGUCGUGGUCUGAUCGGAGACGUCUUUGGUGGGGAGGACAGGGGUGGAGCACCGCCAUCAUCGAGCGCGUCGCCUCCUGCAUCCACAUCACGGGCGCCAUCCAAUAAUGCACAACCCGCAUCAUCCAACGCUCCUGCGCCAUCAAGGCCUGCUGCUUCGAACAAUUCUGCUCCUGCUCCUGCUCCUGCGAGCAGCCGGCCAGCGAGCAACACGCAAGGCAGCAACAACAGUCGCCCCAGCUCGGCCUCAUCUGCCACUACCAACAACAACAGCAGCAACAACAAUAACAACAACAACAACAGCAACAGCAACAGCAACAACCCUAGCAAUAACACGGCCAACCAGAACUCGAACGCCAACUCGAACAGCGAUAACCGCGGCUCGGCGCAACAACAGCAGGCAGCAGCAGCUGGCGCAACAGGCGCCUCUUCGAACAGCGACCGAGUCAACUCGGCCAGCGCCGCCGCCGCAUCUGCUUCGGCGUCAGCUGCUGUUGCCAGUGCCGUGUCUGCCGCAGCUGCGUCUCAAUCGAUCAACGGAGCGGCUGCUAGUGCUGCAGCCGCGACGUUGGGCGGCUCGGCUACCAGUGCGACUGGUGCGACUGGUGCAGCUGCUGCUACGGGCGUUAACCGCGCCAACAGCAGUGGCUCAUCUAGCGGGAGUGACGGCACCACCAAGGUGGUUGUCCCGAUCGUAGUUAUUGCCGCUGCGGUCGCUGUGAUUGCUAUCGCAUGGACGGUGAUUCGUCGUAUCCGCAAGCGCAAGGCCGAACACUACGAUCCGCGUUUGCAACCCGUAGAACAAACCUAUCACCACCGGAGCAUGGUUGGCGGUCCACCUUUGGCUGCCGGUGGCGCUGCACUCGCUGUUGGCGGAGCAGCGUACGGUCUUUCGCGCGAACGAUCUGGUCGCGACAGCUACGAUUCGUACCGAGGUGGCCGACCGAUGAGCGCGCUUACCGAGGAAGAGGCAGAUUUUCCGGGCGUUCAGCCUCCGAUGGAGGAGGUUGCAUCGUUUGCUGCUGUCGGCUCUGCGCGCGGUACGGGUCGUUUGCGCAACUACGGUUCGGCUCGUGCUGGUCAAGGUGACGAGCACUUUGCUCCUGCUGACCGCGUUACAGACAGCAUGUACGUUGACGACUUGGCGGGGCCCAUCGCUGUCGGUGGUGCGGUGACGCCGUUCAGCGACGAACACGGCGCCUACGACGUCAACUACUACGACGGAUCCACCAGCGCCGGUUACAACAACCGUGCCGCCAGAGGCAUGGAUGCAGCAGGCACCAGUGCUGCCGGUCGUCCCUACUCGCCCUACGCCGACUUGCAACGUGCCGAAGCCGCUGACCAAGAUCACUACGACUACGACCGCGCUUCGUCGUCUCGCCACGACCCUUUCGCCGACUCGAAACGCUGGUCUGGUUAG